CCCAUGGAUCAGAACUGUUCAAGAGGAAUGUCAGACACGGACGGAUCCUGCGACAAGGCACGGAAGAAAGAGUCCGGCCCGGUAGAGGUGCAGAUGUGCCAGUCCGUCCUGCCCUGCCAUGCAAACCACCUGGAAGAACUGGGUGCGGGACAGCUGCUGAAGUGGAUGGACACUACCGCCUGUCUGGCAGCUGAAAGACAUGCAGGAAUGGCGUGUGUAACGGCUUCCAUGGAUGAUAUCCAGUUUGAAGAGACUGUAAGGGUUGGGCAGGUUAUCAAUAUCAAAGCCAGAGUGAACAGGGCUUUCAACACCAGUAUGGAGGUAGGCAUCUAUGUAACAGUACAGGAGGUGCUCAGUGGAGUGACGAAGAAGGUUUGCGUGGCCUUCUCCACGUUUGUCGCCAAACCAACAGGAACACACAAGGUGUCUCUGAAACCCUUGGACGUUCAGGGCUCGGUAGAGGAAAUGCUGGAAUAUUCACUAGCUUCAGAGAGACGACGACUCCGUCUCUACAACGAAGAGGCCUUCAAGAACCUCAUGAAGGACUAUUACAACCUUCAAGACAAGGGACUGUGUAGCAGGAAGCCCGUCGCGCCCGUGGUGUCGACUGAGCUCACGCGGGUCGAGAGCAUUGAGCUGGUGCUGCCGCCACACGCCAAUCACCAUGGAAACACAUUUGGAGGACAGAUCAUGGCCUGGAUGGAGAACGUGGCUACAGUAGCAGCCAGUCGUUUGUGUGGCUACUAUCCUUCUCUCGGAGCUGUGGACAUGUUUCGAUUCCGUGGUCCGUCCAGUGUCGGUGACAGACUGGUGUUCAAAGCGAUGGUCAAUAAUGCCUUUCAGACCAGUGUGGAGGUGGGUGUUCGGGUGGAGGCGUAUAACUGUGAGGAGUGGAAUGAGGGAACACCAAGACACAUCAACAGCGCCUCCAUGAUUUAUUACAUCCCAGGAUGUGGCGGUGAGAAAAAGACGUUUCCUGAUGUCACCUACACAACUCUUGAUGGAGAAAGACGAUUUAUUGGUGCUGUUGUCAGGAAGAGAAUUCGCAUGGCCAGAAAACACAUUCUGUACUCAGGAAAUGAGGGACCAAUUUCUGUGCCUUGGGACAGAACUAAUCAGGUGUAUUUGGGCUAUAACAACGUGGCAGCUCUCACAGUCUUAGCUGGAAAGCGAGGCUGGGAGGCCAGUAACAUCAAUGAUAAGGUAGGAGUCUACGUGCAUGAGGAGGCAGAUAAGCUGAGUUUAAAAGUUGAGAUGAAGGUCAAAACUACGGCUUUUUAUGCUUUCUCGCUGCUCGCUGACCUGCCAUUACGGCCACAGUGGGACAAAAACUAUUUGAGCUGUGAAGAGGUCGAGAAAGCAGAUGAGGAGGAAACCAUUUAUCACAUUAAAUGCACCACUGUCAAUGGAAGCAAAAGUCGGGACUUCGUGGUUCUGUUGUCUAAAAGGCAACCCUGCAAAGAUGGAGACCCGUAUGUCAUAGCACUCCGGUCCGUCACCGUGGCAACAGUUCCACCGGAGGAGAACUCUAUUCGGAGCGAAGUUAAAUGUGCAGGAUUCCUCGUUCACGAAAUAGGCUAUUCAACCUGCAAGGUGUCGUACUACAACCAGGUGACCUCUGGAGUGCUGCCCUAUGUGGAGGGAAACAUAGCCGGCUGGUCCAAAUCUAUGGAAGAGACGGCAAUGUCCUGCAUUUCAUUUCUGGAGCAAGAUUUGCUGACCACACAGUUCUGAUGUGCAACAUUAGGACAAUUCUAGUACAGUUGUUUAAAAAUAAGGUUAUGAUAACAACUGCCAUGAUUGUGAUCAUAAAAAUUGUCAGUUAUAGCAUUGCAUGUAUUUCUGAAGGCCCAUUUACACCAAGAACGAUAACUGUAAAGCCAACUAUAAUGGUAUCUGUAUUAGAUAUUAAGAAUUAUAGUUGUAGUGUGGACUUCGCUAUUCUCAUAGUAUUAUUAGAACAAUUAUUUAAAUUUGACAGUUUAUCAUUUUUGUCUUUGGUGUCAACAGGUCUGAAGGCUACCGAUAAAACCAUAAAUAUCUAUGGUACAAUAUGCAUCAUAUGACUAAACAUGCAUUAUCCUUUUCACAGUCCACACUCUUCAAAGUGUCCGAGGCCAUGAUAAAAUCUGUGAUGAUUAAAUAAUUGUGAAAGUUGUCAAUUACAGCAUUGUAUUUAGGGCUUAUAAACAACGCAGUAACAGCCUCAACGACACAACGUAGAACCAACAACCUUUUAGCCAUGUUGUUACAACGUUGCUAAAAGGUUGGCUACGUUGAGGCAACGUUCUGUGUUUGUUGGGUAACCGGCUCCAGCCAAGUUUUGCAUUUACAGUGAGUUCAGACCUUAAGUGAGAAGUCAAUAAAAAAAAAGAUUUAUGUAUAAACAAUCAAAUAAUUCAAGA